UCUCGAUCUCCUCAUCACGAUCGUGUGCCACAAGCCGAAUCUCUCACUUUACAACCAUGAACCAUUCCCCUAAGAACCCCCGACGAACCAAGCCAGCUCAUCCCAAAGCACUCCGGCUGUAUGACAUGUCACGUCAAUACCUAUCACCCUCGAAGCUUCUUUCAUAUCAUUAUUCCCUGCGGAACAAAAUAAUUACUUCCUCCCCGAUAGGAUCCCGCUACGUACUUCUCAUCACUUUCACGGGGAUCCCCAAUCGCGUUGGCUCGAUCCCAAUCACCACGUGCGACUCGAAAUACCUCCUGCAUAUGUUGUGUCCAUUACACCGCUCAUGAUAAUGGUAAUUUCUUCGAUACACAAUUGUAGAACAUUCAAGUGUUCAUACCCCUUGGGAAUUUGGUUCAUUGUGCUCGGUUUAGCAGCCAUGCUCAGGCGCCCCAGAUCAAAUGAUAGGCUCUGGGCAGCGAUCGUGAAUCGGAG